CAAAGAUAGGGAAAUGAUUGAGUUUGUCAAAUGCUAUCACUCUGAAAAUGAAGAUGUCAGCCAUCUCAGAAUCCUGCUUCAAGGACCUGUUGGUGCUGGCAAGUCCAGUUUCAUCAAUUCUGUUGAAUCCGUCGUAUGUGGCAGAAUCAGCGGUCAGGUUAUGACUGAUGCUGCGUCUGGGACCAGUUUCACCAAAAGGUUCAAAACUUGCAAAAUUUCCAAGUAUGAACGUGGAAACGAAAAAUGUUCUUUUGUCUUCAAUGACAUCAUGGGUUUUGAGGGGAAUAAUGGUGGCAUCCACGUGGAAGAUGUCAAACUUAUCCUGAAUGGACAUGUGGAAGAAGGUUAUGAGUUCAAACCUGGACGUCCUUUGAAAAUGGGUGAGGCUGGCUACGACUGCAGUCCCUCUCUCUCUAAAAGAACCCAUGUUCUUGUCAAUGUUAUUCCUGCUGCAUCUGUAUCUUUAUCAAGUGAGGAUGUCUUAAAGAAGAUGAGAGAUGUCAGACUGGAAGCCAGCAAACUGGUUGAUGAGGCCUGUCCUGAAGUGAAAAAAGAUAUAAAGAAUAUCUACAAGAGCAUUUGCCUAAAGGAACAGGUGGUUAAAAUUCACCAGAAGCUGGGCAUCCCGCUGAAUUGCAUCUUCCUUGUGCAGAACUAUUUUUCAAGUGUGGAAACAAGCAAUGACAUCAAUGUUCAGAUAAUGUCUGCAAUGCAACAGAUGAUCAACUUUGGAGAAGACUUCGUCACUAAUCAG